AUGGCAGUCUCUUUCACUCGUCUGUCAUGGUGUUGGUGGAGUGGGAAGGAGAAGGAGCCUGCUAACAGGCCCAAAAAUGGCCUCGUCUCCGAGGAAGGUAAGAGGAAAUGGCAGAGUAGGGAAGAGAGGAGGGUUGAUAGGGAGUAUGAUAUUGUUAUUGUGCCAUCGGAUGGUGGUGCGUUUUUGUCAGGGUCCGAAUCCGACGAUUCGGACUGGUCUAUUGGGUGGUUGGAGCCUCAUGGCUCUGGUUUCCAGAGUGACGAUGACGAAUCGGAUAAUAGCUUUGCAGUGCUGGUCCCGUGCUAUACCCCUGGCUGCAAGGAGGUGGUGGAUGAUUCUAACAAGGAGUUCUUGAGUGCCAUCAAGAAGCUCCCUGCUGAAUUCUCAUCUGAUUGCAAGAACUAUAUGGAACAGUGGCUUUCUUCUCUUCCGAACUUCGACGCCUAAACUAGCUUAUAUAUAUCUCAAGAAUGGCCCUAUUUUGACGAGUUAUUUGCCGUGUGAUUCUUUUUCCGAAGAAUCAAGUCUGUUACAUAAUUGGAUAUAAGUAGAAAAUAAUGCGAUUAGGCCUCCUUGCAUCAGCAAAAUCCUGCCGAGAAACGCAGAAGAUUAACAUCCAUCAGACUUAUGAGAAUGAUUUCGACACCCCUUUAAUUUUGAAGAUAGCUGGGAAGACAAACACUAGUUGCUUUCCAGCAUAUGCAGCACCAAAUGUGAAAUAUCAAAUAUCCUUGGACAAUGGAGAAUGCUGUUUUUGGGUUUGUAAAUACUGAUUUUGUGAAUAUAAUCAUGUUUGUGGUCUCUAAGAUCGCUACUAUUGUAACUAAACAUCUUCCUGCCGUAGUUAAUUAAGGGCCAAUGCUGUACUGAAUUUUGCAGUAAACACUAACAUGUUUGCAAGUGCUUUUAAGAUA